AUGCAUGGUCUUGCUGGGUGCCUGAAGGAUAACGUGAAGCUGAAGUGUAAAGUGAUUGUGGAGAAUCUAAGACCGGCUACACUGAAGGAGCAAGUGAGGCGUGCACUCGAGUGUGGUCCCAGCUUGAAGUCUGAUCUUCACCGUCUUUUUGAUCUCGUCAACCAGGAAGCUAUUCGGAACCAGCAGGCCUACGACAUGUACCAGCACAUGGGGAAACGUGACAACGGUGGUCGUGAUAGCAAAAACAACAAGAAGCAGCUCGAUAGUGCAAGGGUGCAAGUCCGCAAGGACGAUCGACGACCAAGUGUGAAGCCAUUACACAAGAAGAGGGAUGGUCUGCCACCCGGGGGCUGUUUGUACUGCAAGCGCAACGACCACUGGCUCGAGGACUGUCCGAGCGCCACUGAGGCGAACAAGAAGGACGCAAUGAAGAUGUUCUUGGAGAACAAGAGACGCGGGAAGGAGGCGUCGACGGUAAAGCGCCUGGUUACGAAUGACUCGCUUGGAGAGAGUGAAGUGAUCUUCAAUGACCUAGUGGGCAUGCCCUAUUGCCUCGACAACGGUACCACGUACAACGUCAUCCCUCGCAGUAUUGUGGAUGAGUUGCAGCUUCUUGACCCGAGCGUGACACUCAAAGCCCUGGAGCCUCCUGUUCGAGGCAGGGCAGUUGGUGGUGCGUACAUUACGUGCACUCAGUCCGUGGAUUUGGAUAUUGGUCUGCAAACAGUGGCUGGUAGAGUGAAUAUCCGCGGCCUGACGUGUGUGAUCACCGAGACUAAUGAGGAUGAGUUCUUGCUCGGGAAGCGGACCCUAAGAUCGCUCGGAAGCGAUGUUGACGAGCUUCUUGCAGGUCUCGUGACCCAAGGUUCCUCUGAUGUGGACCCGUUUGAUGACGAACGGAACUACAAGGCGAUCGCUCGACCCGAUACGGAUGCGAUCAAGGCUCGGCUGCACGAAAUGAUAGCUGAGGCUGUUGACAACGGAUUCCCUGCUGAUUGA